CGAUGCGAGGCAUGCUUCUGAGCAGCCUGCAGCCUAUCCAGACACUGCCGACCGGACCAGUUUGGAAUAUACUCCACAUUUACAACUCUCCAUCUGUUCCCCACCGCUUAACUGCACCUGAGUUUGCUUUGAGCGCAUUUGAGACCAGAAACUCUUUCAAACGGGUUCUUUUUUUGUUUUUUAUCUAAAAUUCUUGAAUGAAUUCGGCUUUAGUCUCUCCCAAAAACUCGUAGUUGUCCAUUCUUCCAAAUGCUUCGCCUGCCAGUCUCGCUUUGCAUGUGGGUCUAGCCGGUGGUUUCCUCCAGGUGGUUCACGGGAAAAGAUUGCACAAGGAAUAUUUUAUUUUUUUAAAUUCUAGAUAAAGACAUUUCCUCUUUAUCUUUUGGAAGCGCGUCCACUAUUUUUUUUUUCUCACGAUGGCUGAUGCUAACGCAGAAUGCAAUAUCAAGGUGUUGUGUCGAUUUCGUCCUCUGAACAAGUCCGAAAUCCACCGUGGAGAUAAGUUCAUCCCUCUAUUUGAAGGAGAAGACACUGUCAUCUUCGGGGGCAAGUCCUACGUGUUUGACCAGGUGUUUCCCACAAACACCACCCAGAUACAGGUCUACGACUCAUGCGCCAAGCAGAUCGUCAAAGAUGUACUGGGAGGAUACAAUGGGACUAUCUUUGCCUAUGGGCAGACUUCCUCUGGAAAAACACACACCAUGGAGGGGAACCUUCAUGAUCCCCAGGGAAUGGGAAUCAUCCCCCGGAUUGCAGAGGACAUUUUCGAACAUAUAUUUGCUAUGGAUGAGAACCUUGAAUUCCACAUAAAGGUUUCCUACUUUGAAAUCUACAUGGAUAAAAUCCGGGACCUGCUGGAUGUGACAAAAACCAACCUGUCAGUGCAUGAAGACAAAUACAGAGUUCCCUAUGUGAAGGGCUGCACAGAGCGAUUCGUCACCAGUCCAGAGGAGGUGAUGGAUGUGAUAGAUGAAGGGAAGGCCAGCCGUCACGUUGCUGUCACCAACAUGAAUGAGCACAGUUCCCGCAGUCACAGCAUCUUCUUGAUAAACAUCAAACAAGAGAACGUGGAGACCGAGCAGAAGCUGUGUGGGAAGCUGUACCUGGUCGACCUAGCUGGGAGUGAGAAGGUCAGUAAGACAGGCGCAGAGGGAUCAGUGCUGGAUGAGGCCAAGAACAUCAACAAGUCGCUGUCGGCCCUGGGGAACGUCAUCUCAGCUUUGGCUGAGGGAACGAAAUCUCACGUGCCGUACCGUGACAGCAAGAUGACCCGCAUCUUACAGGACUCGCUGGGCGGGAACUGCCGCACCACCAUGUUCAUCUGUUGCUCUCCCUCCAGCUACAAUGAUGUCGAGACCAAAUCCACCUUGAUGUUUGGCCAACGAGCCAAGACCAUUAGAAAUACUGUAUCAGUGAACCUGGAGCUCACAGCGGAGCAGUGGAAGAAGAAGUACGAAAAGGAAAAGGAGAAGAACAGGUCAUUGAAGGAGACUGUUCAAAGACUGGAGGCUGAGCUGAACCGCUGGAGGAACGGGGAGGAUGUGUUGGAGAAUGUGGAUUCAGAAUUAGAGGAAGUCCCACUGGUGCCUCCCGAAUCUGAGGAGCCGCCUCUCGACAUCUGCAGCCCCUGCAGCCCUUGUUCCAUCGCCUCCUCCAUUGUGGUUCACAUCUCUGAGGAGGAGCGCCAGAAGUACGAGGAGGAGAUCCGCAAGCUUUACAAACAGCUGGAUGAUAAGGAUGAUGAGAUCAACCACCAGAGCCAGAUGGUGGAGAAACUGAAGGAGCAGAUGCUCGACCAGGAGGAGCUUUUGGCAUCAUCCAGGGGUGACAGCGAGAAAGUGCAGUCGGAGCUCGGCCGGCUGCAGACGGAGAAUGAAUCUGCGAAGACGGAGGUGAAGGAGGUCCUCCAGGCCCUUGAGGAGCUGGCGGUUAACUACGACCAGAAGAGCCUGGAGGUCGAGGAGAAGAGCGCGCAGAACAAGCUGUUGGCUGAGGAGCUCUCAAAGAAAAUGGCUCACCUCAUGGCUUUAGAGGCGGAGCUGUCCCGGAUUCAGGAAGUGAGCAGCCACCAAAGGAAACGCAUCACUGAGAUCCUAAACGGCCUGAUGAGAGACCUGAGUGAGUUCAGCACCAUCGUUGGAAACAGGGACAUCAAGCUGCCCAUGGAGAUCACCGGCGCGAUCGAGGAGGAGUUCACAGUGGCCCGCCUCUACAUCAGUAAGAUAAAGUCAGAGGUGAAGUCCAUGGUGAAACGCUGCCGCCACCUGGAAAGCCUUCAGAUGGAGUGUCACCGCAAGAUGGAGGAGACGGGCAGAGAGCUGUCCUCGUGUCACCUCCUCAUUUCACAGCACGAGGCAAAGAUCCGCUCUCUAACUGAGUACAUGCAGAAUGUGGAGCUGAAGAAGAGGAAACUGGAGGACAGCUAUGACUCCCUGAGCGAAGAGCUGGCCAAACUCCAAGCUAAAGAGAGCAUGUCGCAGGUGACCAGCGGGGAGAACUUGUCUGUCCAGGAUUCCUGUGAUAUAAAGAGGGCUCUGGAGCAGCAGAUGGAGUCGCACCGUGAGUCGCACAGCAAACAGCUUGGCCGCCUGCGAGACGAGAUCAAUGAGAAGCAGAGGAUCAUCGACGACUUAACUGAUUGUAACCAGAAGCAGCAGCUGGAGUUGGAGCAACUGCACGGUGACUUUGAACAUCUCAGAAACCAAGAGCAUCACAAGAGCCGGCAGCUGGAGGAGCUGACAUUUCUCCAUGAGCGACAUGAGCAGUCAAAGCGGGACCUCAAAGGGCUGGAGGAGACUGUUGCUCGGGAGCUCUACACCCUGCACAACCUCCGCAAGCUUUUCGUUCAAGACCUCACGACUCGAGUUAGAAAAAGUGCACAGAUGGAGCAGGAUGAAAGUGGAGGAUAUAUCACCCAGAAACAGAAGAUUUCCUUUCUUGAAAACAACCUGGAUCAGCUUACAAAAGUUCACAAACAGCUGGUACGUGACAAUGCAGAUCUUCGCUGUGAGCUUCCAAAACUGGAGAAACGUCUUCGUUCCACAGCUGAGCGAGUUAAGGCGCUGGAGGGUGCACUAAAGGAGGCGAAGGAAGGAGCCAUGAAGGACCGCCAUCGCUACCAGCAGGAGGUGGAGCGUAUCAAAGACGUGAUGAGGGCUCGAAAUCCCUUCCGCCGGCCCCACGCUGCACAGAUAGCCAAGCCUGUGCGUGCUGGCCACUAUCCACCCUGCUCUCCCACCAACCCCUUCUUCAUCCGAGGCUACAGCGAUCACCCCAUUGCCUUCUGCAAAACCGAUUUCCACAACAUCAACAACCGACCAGCAGCUGCUCCUGCCACUCCUGCUGCUCCUGCUGCUCCCGCUGCUCCUGCUGCUCCUGUUGCUCCUGUUGCUCCUGCAACCCCAGAGGAGGAGCCCAGGUUACCGGAGGCCAACUCCAACCAGAACAGCCCCACCAAACACCUCGACUCCCAAAACAACGACUCACAAGACAGCGACGCUCAGGACAACACGCUUCCAGCCGAACCACUGAGCCACGCAGACAAGAGCACGGCAGAGAUGCUCGAUUCAGAAAACGGAAACACCACAGAUAUCAAUGACAACAGCAUGUGUCUGAAUGUGAAUUCUGUGUCCAGAACUGACGUCUGUGACAAUCAGGACUCAGCCAAACUCUACAGCCUGCAGCCAGAGGCCUCCGCCAGCUAAUAGUCCUGAGCAGGCAGACGUUUUUUUCUGAGGCCUCCUCUGUAAAUCUGCAUGCAGCUGAUCACUGUCCUCCCAGCCUCCUUCCUCUCUCAUGCUCACCUGCUGUAAACAGACCUCUAUCUCUCCCGUGUCCCCUUUGCCUUCCCCUGCUUGCUCCUCUUCAGUCUCCUUAUCCUUCCUGUACAAUGAUGUGGGGUGUUUGUGGUUAUCAGUGACAUCCGUGGCAAGCACUGCAUCACCGACUCGGCAGCUUACACCCAUACUGCUGCACAGACUCCCCCCCCCAAGAACACAAAGGGACCACAAAUGGAAAGGUGGGGACGAGAAGGUGCAGUGCUGUAGGUGACCACUAGGGGGUGCUGUUUGUCUCAGUGAGGAUUUCACAAAUCCAGUGAGCUGAGGAUAGUCUUUAUCAUUAUUACUGUCAUUAAACAUGCAAAUAGUUCUGAAAAGUCCAAGUUAAACAACAUGAAAACAGGGUGAACCUCAAGCUAACUUUAAUAAUAUUUACACUUUUGACUGUGCAUGUUGAUUUUUGAUGUUGGUCUUCAGCUUUUCGUGGAAAAUAUGUGAAAUGGGAAGAAAGCGCGUGAGGCAACAUGACCAUGAAAUGUCUCAGUCUAAAGUCUAAAACACUCAAUGUUAAUGUGGAAUCCAGUCUUAAAAAAUAAUUAUGUUUAAAGAAUGAAGCUGGUAUUAUUCAGUGUUUUAGUUGUUGUCAAGAAAUCUCUAAAAAAGGCCAAAACCAACAAUGUGUCUCAGUAUUUUCUGAAUUGCCAAGCAUGCCUGUGGCUCUCAGUUCUUAGCCAACUAAAGAUGUACAUGAAAAAAAAAAAAAAAAAAAAACAGGCCUUGAAUACUUUGUUUCAUUCGUUUUUAGCAAGCACUACUGAAACUGGAGUAAAUAGCACAUUUGUUGGGGACUAUUUUCAGCUGUGUAUUAAUACACAUUUAGGGUUCUAGCUUAGACUGUAAAAAAAAACAAGUGGAGGUAGGUGGGAGAUUAGUCUGACUUAGUUUGUUACCUCAGUAAACAUUUUCCUAAUGAGUUUUUAUUUUCAAUCGCUAGUUUCAAGUCAUCUUCAAUGCAGCAUGAUGGUAAUUUCGUUAAUGAUGGUCCCUCUCAAUGUGACCUGUCAAGAGCAAUGCAUAUUCAUAGCACUAUGUUCAUUUAAAAAGGCCUGAACUUAUUUUUGCUUUACGUGAAAUGACCUUUGUUCACAGACACUCUGCACAACACCAGAUGCAGUUUCACCCUCUUGUCCAAAUAAGGUCAAUUCUGGCUCCAAACUCUGAGAUGGCAAUGGCCAAAUGCCAAUUCACUAAUAACCAUAUUUAUUGUCAUAAAGAAAUAUGGCAUCCAAUGCAGCAGUAUGGCUCAUUGGAAAUAAGGAGGUUGUUGGCACUGAGGAGUCACUAUAAAUCAGCCGUUAGAUAGUUUCAUUGUUGGUUUUUGUCUUUUUAUGGCAAUAAAAAAAUAACUACAAUAUCACCAGACUUAUUCUCCUAAGUGAAUUAUUUGGGAUUUUCGGUCCAAACUGAAAGCAUUUUGCUAAUUUGUGAAUGUUUUCCUUCCAAAACAUUAGGCUAAAUAAAAAUAUACUGUAUGAAUUUUUAGAAACAGUAGUCAGUAGUCAUCGUAAUAAUAUAAUAAAGUCCCUAAUGUUUCUCACAGUAGACUACUGUUGCCAUGUAGGUGGACCAACACACUAAACUAAAACACACAUACACACACCUACAGAUGGUCAAGCCUUAAUUUAGACAAUAGGCGAUUUCUCAUAUUUGACCUUUUUUUACUUAAACAAAGGAAAAUUAAGUUUAUGUACAUACAAUACAGACUUUAUCUCCUUAAGACACAACAGUUUUAUAUUUUGGUACCCUCGAAGGAUAUAUUUCAGAUACUUGAAUUCCAUGUUACAAACUUUUUUCUCUUAUUAGACUAAGAUAAAUCAACCAAAUAUCCCCAUAUAUAUCUACGUAUCUCUAGAAAGUUUUAGAUCACACAUUUCGUAAAAAAACCCUUUCAACCUGAAGCUUCAGAUGGCUCUGGCUGAGUGCUGAAUGAGGAAGUUGGUGAGAACGUUGUUUAAAAUAAAACACAUGAAAUAUUCAGUGGUUUACAUCAGUCGCCACAGCUGUCUGACUUUUUGCCCACUACGCUGGUUUGAACUAUUCUGAAAACCAACUCUGUCUGACCCACGAGUGAAGUAUAAAUCAUGUGAUUCCUGAUUGUUUAUAAAAGACUGACUGUGUCGUAGUAGAGAGACUUUUAAGCUGUAAAUCAUCCCGACAAACACUGCCUGUCAGGGAUCGUCAGUGAGAUAUUCAGUCGUUGUCAUGUCAACCAAAAGCAUGGCAGAGUGGAAAAAAAAGAAUUGUGUAGCAACUAUUUUUAUACUGCUAGUUCUAGUUUAAAAGAAAUAUAUAUUACUUUUCAUUUGCUGUAUUUUAAAUGUUAUUUAUUUGCUGUUCAUUUUUAAUUUAUAGCAGUUGUUGAAUGCGUAUCUUGAUGUAUGCUUUGAUUGUUUCGGAUUUCUGUCAUUGAAUGAAAAUGCGUGCAGCUGUCGUUCAAACAUGAAUUAUCAGGAGAUGACUUAUCCUAGGGUUCUUUAUGAGCCACCUCAGAUUGAAACCAAAGCCCCGAUUGUAGUGAGUCACUUAAAGAGGAUCUUGCUCCACAACCGUCUACACUGAGGGAGACAUAAAUAAGGGUUACUGUAGGUUAUCAGCUGAUACAGCCCGGUCUUAUCCCUCUCUCUUACACACACACGCACGCCUCAUCAGCUAUUGAAGUGUGACCUUUGACCCCCAAAAUGCAGAUAUGUAACACAUCCUGUGUUACUUGGGUGCAGUCUGAGUUGAUUGACUGUAUACACACACAUACACACACACAUAAGCCUCUCAAAGACCUCCUGAUCAGCCAGUCAGGAUGGUUGUCAAGGGUGACAGUAGACAGACUGUGUGUGUGUGUGUGCGUGUGUGUGUGUACUUUGAGAGAGAACAGGGGCUGUAUCUUCUUAGCAGUCUCUCACUCUUUGACUUUCUGUGACCCUUUUAACAGAACAGACGGUAACGCUUUAGAUUACAGCCUGCAGAUAGAGCAGACAUUAUGUAAUGCCUAGUACACAACAGGGUUACACAUUUGUGUUUGUGGGGGACUUCACACUUAAAGUACUUUUUAAUUAACUGAUACAAACGGGACCAGCAGAUUUAGUGCAUAUGUUGUUUUACACUAUACGUAGCUAAAGGAGCUAAACUUUGGCAAUUUAAAGCAGCAACAAGGAAAGUUCAUUUUGAUUUUGGCGCCCCCUGUGGACAAAAGCAGAAGUGCCUUAAUGAGCACCGACGCACUUCUUCGUAAAGAUCACUACUUAUUUUUAAUACUCGAACAUCAGCUUUGAUUGUCAAGUGGAUCCCAAAACUAUAAAUUACUGUUCUUCAGUAUUUUAUCUUGAUUUUAUCAUUUCAUAAUUUUUUAUAGCUGCUCCUGCUUUAAAGUUUGUGAAACCUAAUGUUUUGUUGCUCAGUGACAUAUGAUGCAGACAAUAUAAAUAAUAAUAAAUUACUUCAGUUUGAUUAUUCUUACAAUUACAUUUACUAGAUUGUUUUAGUAAAAACAUAUAAUUUUAAAAUAUUACAUACAUAAUGGCAUUGCAGCAUUGCCCUGUUCUCCUUCUUUAACAUGAAGUUGUCCCCCAGAUUUUUCCCGUUUAGUUAUCCAGUCAGUAUUUAUGAUGCCCUAUAUACUAUAUAAUUACUUUACAUAAACUGUGGGCUGUAGUCUCCAGUGUUACUGAAAGACCCUCCCUCUUAAUAUAUUGAGUCUUAUCAGAAAUGCAUGAAGCACUUUAUCCCAUGAUUUACUUUAUGCUUUCUCUCGUUGUUCCUCUUCACAAGACUUGUCGAGUAUCUGAUGCUGCUCAGUAUCUCUAAUGAGUUAAAAAAAAAAAAAAAAAAAAAAAGGUUGGUGAACUUGAAAAACUUGAGUGUGUUUGCAUAACCUAUAGAAACCGUGCGUUGAAUGUUAACAGCCUUUUUUUGUUGUCAGUUUGCUGUUCGAAUCAAUGAAAACCACAAAGAAAACAUCUAUUCUGCUGACAUGCACUAUGGUUGUACUGAGCUGUAAAUGUCUGGAUGAUUGAGUGAAGGAUUUAUUUUCAGUCUUUAUUGUUCUGUUUUGUCUGGCAGUAAUUGUAACCAAACUGAAAAAAAUAUUCUGGCAAGGUAAAUAAUAUGUGAUACUGUAGCCUAAUUAUGCAGAAAUAUGAAUUAACUAACUAAGACAAGAACGAUGCGGUGGUUUAAAAAAAUAGAAAAAACGAUGCAAGAUGUCUGUGUUUGUUUGUACAUGUGUGCGUUGGUCGGUUUGGUUAUAGCGUGUGAUUUAAUGCAUGCAGUACUUUCUUCUGUAGCUGCUGAGAAACAAGAGCAUAAUGUUAUCUCAUAAAAGACCUUUCAAUAAAGAGGAUCCUGUGUACAUAUCAUUA